AUGCCCUUAGGCACGACCAUACAUAACAUAGAAAUCACACUCGGAAAGGGUGGACAAUUAGCUAAAGCAGCUGGUGCUGUAGCGAAACUAAUUGCAAAAGAGGGGAAAUCGGCCACAUUAAAAUUACCUUACGGGGAGAUCCGUUUGAUAUCCAAAAACUGCUCGGCAACAGUCGGACAAGUGCGAAAUGUUGGGGUAAACCAGAAAAUUUUAGGUAGAGCCAAAUCUAAAUGUUGGCUAGGAAAGCGUCCUAUAGUAAGAGGAGUAGUUAUGAACCCUGUAGACCAUCCGCAUGGGGGUGGUGAAGGGAGGGCCCCAAUUGAAUUUAUAGCUGGACAAUUAAAGAAUAGAAUUUCAUUUCGUAAAGCAAUGAAAAAAGCUAUUGAAUUAACUGAACAAGCAGGUACAAAAGGAGUUCAAGUGCAGAUUGCAGGACGUAUUGAUGGAAAAGAAAUUGCGCGUGUAGAAUGGAUCAGAGAAGGCAGGGUUCCUCUACAAACCAUUCGAGCUAAAAUUGAAUAUUGUUGUUAUACAGUUCGAACUAUUUAUGGAGUUUUAGGGAUCAAAGUUUGGAUAUUUUCUAACUAA